CUCAACUUGCGUUUGCCGAAUGAAGGGUCCUUGCGGUGCAUGGCUUGAGACAGAGUGGAAAGUGUCUGUUUUAUUGGAAUAGAGUAAUAACAUACGCGCACCUUUUUACGGAGUUGUUUUCAAAGAAGUGAUAGUAUCAAAAUCAGAUUUUUUUCCAUCAUGGAGGCGGACCUGUACGACGAAUUCGGAAAUUACAUUGGGCCAGAGCUAGAUUCAGACGAAGAUGAUGAUGUGGACGCCGAGGAUCGCGAUGCCGAUGAGGCAGAUGAGGAUGACGACGAUGAGCAGGGAGAUGCUGACGAGGAUGUUCCCGGGAUGGAGGUGGUGCUGCACGAGGACAAGAAGUACUACUCCACAGCCGAAGAAGUAUAUGGGCCAGAGGUGGAGACUAUUGUCCAAGAAGAGGACACACAACCCCUCACAGAGCCCAUCAUCAAGCCUGUCAAAACCAAACAGUUCACUCUGAUGGAGCAGGAGCUGCCGGCUACAGUCUAUGAAAUGGAAUUCCUGGCAGACCUGAUGGACAGUCCCGAACUGAUCCGCAAUGUCACUCUCUGCGGUCACUUGCACCACGGCAAGACUUGUUUUGUGGAUUGCCUGAUCGAGCAGACCCACCCGGAGAUCCGCAAGCGAGACGACUUGGAUCUGCGUUAUACGGACAUUCUCUUCACUGAGCAGGAGCGAGGGGUGGGAAUCAAGAGCACCCCCGUUACCAUGGUAUUGCCGGACUCCAGGGGUAAAUCCUACCUCUUCAACAUCAUGGACACUCCAGGACACGUCAACUUCUCAGACGAGGUGACCUCUGGGAUCCGGAUCUCCGACGGCGUCGUGCUCUUCAUCGACGCGGCAGAAGGCGUGAUGCUGAACACGGAGCGGCUGAUCAAGCACGCCGUGCAGGAGCGACUGGCCAUCACCGUCUGCAUCAACAAGGUGGACCGGCUGAUCCUGGAGCUGAAGCUUCCACCCACUGACGCCUAUUACAAGCUGCGGCACAUCGUGGACGAGGUCAACGGCAUGCUCAGCACAUACUCGACGGACGAGAGCGUGGUGGUGUCCCCACUCCUGGGAAAUGUCUGCUUUGCCAGCUCGCAAUACAGCAUCUGCUUCACCCUGGGCUCCUUCGCCAAGAUCUACUCGGACACCCACGGUGACAUUAACUACAACGAGUUCGCCAAACGUCUAUGGGGUGACAUUUACUUCAACCCUAAAACGCGCAAGUUCACGAAAAAGGCUCCCAGCAGCAACUCGCAGCGAAGUUUCGUAGAGUUCGUCCUGGAGCCCCUCUACAAGAUCCUAUCCCAGGUGGUGGGGGACGUGGACACUUCGCUACCGCGGGUGCUGGACGAGCUGGGCAUCCACCUGACGAAGGAUGAGCUCAAACUGAACAUCCGGCCGCUGCUGCGGCUCGUCUCCAACCGCUUUUUCGGCGAGUUCACAGGCUUUGUGGACAUGUGUGUACAACACAUCCCUUCUCCUCAAACCGGUGCCCGGAGCAAAAUUGAACACAGCUACACGGGAGGCCUGGACUCGGACCUGGGGGAGGCCAUGCUGGAGUGCGACCCUGAUGGUCCCCUGAUGUGCCAUACAACCAAGAUGUACAGCACCAAGGACGGCGUUCAGUUCCACGCCUUCGGCCGGGUCUUGAGUGGCACCAUCCAGGCCGGCCAGCCCGUCAAGGUCCUUGGGGAGAACUACACCCUGGAGGACGAGGAGGACUCGCAGGUCUGCACCGUGGGCCGCCUCUGGAUCUCCGUCGCCAGGUACCAGAUAGAAGUGAAUCGAGUGCCGGCAGGAAACUGGGUUCUGAUCGAGGGAUGUGACCAGCCCAUCGUCAAGACGGCCACCAUCACAGAACCGCGUGGCAACGAGGAGGCACAGAUUUUCCGGCCUCUUAAGUUCAACACGGCGUCUGUCAUCAAGAUCGCCGUGGAGCCAGUGAACCCCUCUGAGCUUCCCAAGAUGCUGGACGGCCUGAGGAAGGUCAACAAGAGCUACCCCUCCCUCACCACCAAGGUGGAGGAGUCAGGUGAGCACGUCAUCUUGGGCACCGGUGAGCUCUACCUGGACUGCGUCAUGCAUGACCUGCGUAAGAUGUACUCUGAGAUCGACAUCAAGGUGGCCGACCCAGUGGUGACGUUUUGUGAGACAGUCGUGGAAACCUCGUCCCUGAAGUGUUUCGCUGAGACACCCAACAAAAAGAACAAGAUCACCAUGAUCGCAGAACCUCUGGAGAAGGGUCUGGCGGAGGACAUAGAAAACGAAGUGGUGCAGAUCACGUGGAACAGGAAGAAGCUUGGGGAGUUCUUCCAGACAAAAUACGACUGGGAUCUGCUGGCUGCCCGAUCGAUUUGGGCCUUUGGUCCAGACACCACUGGGCCCAAUAUUCUGGUGGACGACACGCUGCCGUCAGAGGUGGACAAGGCUCUUCUGGGCUCCGUGAAGGACAGUAUCGUGCAGGGAUUCCAGUGGGGCACCAGGGAGGGUCCGCUGUGUGAUGAGCCCAUCCGCAAUGUGAAGUUCAAGAUCCUGGACGCAGUCAUCGCUCAGGAACCACUACACCGCGGGGGCGGCCAGGUCAUCCCCACGGCCCGCAGAGUGGUUUACUCCGCUUUCCUCAUGGCCACUCCCAGGUUGAUGGAACCCUAUUACUUUGUAGAGGUGCAGGCCCCUGCUGACUGCGUAUCUGCGGUAUAUACAGUGCUGGCCCGCAGGAGGGGUCAUGUGACUCAGGACGCCCCCAUUCCGGGCUCCCCUCUCUACACCAUCAAGGCCUUCAUCCCGGCCAUCGAUUCCUUUGGCUUCGAGACGGAUCUGCGCACCCACACCCAGGGCCAGGCCUUUGCCCUCUCCGUCUUUCACCACUGGCAGAUUGUCCCCGGAGACCCGCUGGACAAGAGCAUCGUGAUCCGUCCCCUGGAGCCGCAGCCGGCCCCCCACCUUGCCAGGGAGUUCAUGAUCAAGACGCGUCGGCGGAAGGGUCUGAGUGAGGAUGUCAGCAUCAGCAAGUUCUUCGACGACCCCAUGUUGCUGGAGCUGGCUAAACAGGACGUGCUGCUCAACUACCCCAUGUGAACAAGGGGGGGGGGGGGGGCGGGCUGUUUUUGGCUCGCGGCUGCCAUCCCCCAACCACGAAUUCCUCUGCUUUUGGUUUAAGAAUAAUUAAGUUUAGGACGGUAUUUGGAUAGCUCUCCACAAAGAACCAUGAGCCCCUUCUCUGAUCCACUUUGUUUUGAAUCCUGUAUCGCAGGACUAAUUGCAUCUUUGUGUUUUUUUUUCUUUUCUACAUGUGGAAACUUGAUUUGUAGAAAAUAUUGGGCAGCAGGCUUGAUUUUUUUUUUUUUAACAAGUAAUUUCAAUGUAAUUCCUCUGAUCCUGUACAUGUUUAAAUAAAAACCAUGCCUGUUCCA